AUGGAGAAAGAGCUGCAUUUGCUUUGAAGAAGUUUCUUCCAUGAAGACACCAUCGAUUUAACCAGUAGGUUUUCUCGUCAUUGAAUUUACAACAAAUAUUUCUGAAAAAAAAAGAAUUUACAACAAAUAUUUUGACUCUGCUUAAGAAGUUGGAAGAAGCAUCCCUAUUCCAGUACUCCCAGUGGAGGAAAGGUAAAGUUAAUUUCAAUGGCGUGUCAAGACUUUGGAGUCAAUCUUGGUGCUGGAGUUGUGGCAAAUUUGGCGACGACAGUAGUGCGACAAGCUCGCUACUGUUAUAAAUUCAACAAGAUUGUUGAAGAUCUGGAAGGUGAGCAAAACAAUUUAAGAUCAACAAAAGAAAGCAUGCAAGUCCAAGUUAGAAAAGCCAGAGCAAACACCCAUGAGCCUACGGAGGUCACUCAGGAGAAGUUGAAGAAAGUAGAAGAUCUCUUAGAAGAAGCAAAGAAGUUGAAAGGGAAAGCAGAAGCAAGCAAGAGCUGUUGUAAUGCCGUUUUGCCUAAUUGGAUAUGUCGAUAUAUUGUUGGCAAGAAAGUAGCGGGAGUGGCUGAAGAAAUGAAGCAGCUCAAUGAAAACUUGGGACAAAUGCUAUUGCCAGUACAUCGUGAAUCUCUUCGUCCCAUGCGUGCGUCGGAAGAAUUAAUUUUUGUAAGCAGAGAAGAGGUUCUCCAGAAACUCUUAAUGGCAUUGAAAGAUGAUGAGAAGACAAAGAUUGGGCUUUAUGGAAUGGGUGGUUGUGGUAAGACGUUCUUGUUAAAUGAAGUGCAAAAGUCAGUUAAGGACUUAGAGCUGUUUGACAAAAUUGUCUUCGUCAGAGUGUCUAAACGUCAAAAGACAGCUAUUCAACAAGACAUCGCAAGCUGGUUAGGAUUGAUUUUUGAGACAGAGAUAGGUGAAGACACUAGAGCUAAUAGACUGUCCAUGGGAUUUACAGAAGAUAAUAAGUAUCUCAUAAUCCUUGAUGAUGUGUGGGAAGUCCUUCAAUGUGAUAAAAUAGGGAUUCCUCUUGGCGAAAAUUGCAAAGUUCUUCUAAGCACUCGAGGACAAAAUUUAUGUACCAUGAUGAAUUGCCAAGAAGCGAUUCAUCUAUCACUUUUGACAAAAGAAGAAGCUUGGGAUUUAUUCCAAAGACACGCUGGUGAAAUAGCAGAUAGUGAUGUGGCACAAGAGAUCGCGGAUAUGUGUCAUAGAUUACCUAUUGCAAUUAAAGUUGUGGCUAGUAUUUUGAAGGAUCAACCUCUGAAUGUAUGGAAAGAUACAUUAGCAACCUUGAAAGAUCACAGACAACCUCUAUGCAUUGAAGAUGGAUUGGAAGAUUUUUAUAAAUGUUUAGAAUUAAGUGUCAAUCAUUUGAAGGAUCAGGAGAAAUCCCUUUUAUUAUUAUGUGCUUUCCUAGCCAAAGAUUCAAAAAUUUCUCUUGAAGAUUUGAUCAAAUUUGCAUUUGGACUGGACAUAUUUGAUGAUGUUGACUCUUAUAGCAGAGCUAGAGAAAAAGUGGAUAUAGCCAUUGAUAAAAUCAAAAAACGCAGUUCGCUGUUACAAGUUGAAGGACAAAUUGUUGAAAUGCAUGACUUGGUACGUGAUGUAGCCUUAUUGGUAGCAGAUAAAAAAACUCGUGUGAUUACUGGGCCUGGACAUAAUCUAAUGGCCUUCAUAGAAAAGGAUGAUUGGGAAGACACAAGAAGAUUGUCUUGUCGUGAUGUUAAUGAAUUCCCAAAUCAGCUAAACUGUCCAAAUCUUGAGAUCCUAUUCAUCUCUGCUGGUGGUGGAUGCUACUCAGAACUCCCAACUACAUUCUUCAAGGAGACGAUAAAGCUCAAGGUACUGGUCAUAGUAAAUACAUUUAUAUGGAGAAGCCCAAAUCUAUUGUUGCCCCAAUCAGUUGAUGAGCUAAGAAAACUUCGGACUCUCUGCUUGAGAGGAUGGAAAUUAAACAACAUAUCUAUUUUGGGAAAAUUGAACAUGCUUGACACUGUUCAACUAUUAAACUGUGUGGUGCAAGAGUUACCUAACGAAUUAGCUGGAUUGAGGAAGUUAAAAUUUUUGGAAGUAUCAGGGAGCAGAAUAGGAGGCAAUCCUUUUGAAGUGCUAGCAAGAUGUUGUCAUUUGGAGGAGCUGUAUUUCAUUGAAAAUAAUGUUUCUGAAAUGGUUUCAAAUGAUCAAAUUGUCGUUGAAUUGUUUCACCAAAUUGGCCACUCUAAGAACUUGAAAAGGUAUCAUCUAGAAAUUGGAAGGUGCAUUGAUACUUUGAAGGAUGAUUCAACAUCAAAAUUCAUAUAUAUCAAUGAUUUUAAUGUCUCUAGUGCAAAUGUUGAAGCAAUCCAGAAUUUGGCACAAAAACUGGAGGUACUUUUCUUGGAAAAGAUUAGAGGAGAUUAUAAAAGCCUCAUUCCUGAGGUGAUUCCAUUGGAAGGAGAAUGCAAGAUUGAGCUAACUGAAAUUCUACUAUUUGAUUUUAACAUAGAAUGCUUGAUCGACACUACAAAUCAACUAUAUGAAGAAAGCAUCUUGUUCCCCAAGUUGAUGAAACUCAAACUUGAAGCCAUGAACAGCUUGGAAGCCUUGUGUCGUGGUCCAACUCCUCCUGGCCUUUUUAAGAAUUUAAAGGAGCUAAUCAUAAUACAAUGUGGCCGAUUGGUAUCUAUAGGGCAGCUAAAAUUAUUUCAGCUCAAAGCCAUACAAUUGGAAGAUUGUCCAGAGUUGAUAUUUCUCUUCACAACUGCUACUGCUCAAAAAAUGGAAAUGUUAGAAGUGUUAAAAGUAAAAGAAUGUGAUAAAUUGAAGCAUAUAAUAGAAGAUGGGAGAGAAGAUGACAUCGUUUCAACAAUAGAGCCUGUGUUCCCAAAAAUAAAACAAGUCUGUAUCAACGGAUGUGAACAUCUAGAAUGCAUACUACCAGCACUGUUUGCUAGUCGCCUUGCACAGUUGGAGAGUCUCGAAAUAGAAGAAGCUCGUGAGUUAAAAUAUGUAUUUGGCAAAUGCAAUCAUGAAUGUCAACAUCAAAGACAGAGCAUUGAACUCCCUCAUCUGAGAGUAAUGAAGCUCAUUCACUUGCCAAAUAUUACUAGUAUUUGCCCACAAGAUUAUGAUGUAACAUGCCCAUCCUUGGAUAAACAACAUGUAAUGGGUUGUCCGCGAUGGCGUGGAAUGUCUGAAGCGAGACAGCAAGGCGAUGGCAAAGCUACAAAGCAGGAUGAGUCGCUUUUAGUGCUGGGUGAUGAGGACUUGGGAACCAAUGUUCAGGAUGGUGUUGAGAAAAAUUUCAUCUUGGAAGCCUUUCAAUGUUUUUUUCGAUUCAACACUUUGUUACAAAUCUCAGAAGAGAGAAGGACGUGUUAAGCUCAAAAAUAAGAUUGAAGGAAUUCUCCAGUGCUUACAUGGUUGAGCCUUCGAGAGACUUUCUGAA